AAAAAAAUUCACUUUGUCUAUGGUGCCAUGAUGGUGAAGGUGAAGUGUGUGCGAAAUUCUUGUUCAAGAUAAUUUUAAUGCGAAUUUCGGCUAUCGUAGUGUUUUAAGUGUUAUUUAGAUAUUAAAUGUCGUGUUAGUGAAAAUGCAGUUCUACAAGGAAAGGAUUCUAAAUGCCGCGCAGUUAAAAAGACUGAGUGAACACAAAUAUUCGUGUACAAGUGCUAGUAUAUUGGAUGCAUGGCUUCAGCCAUGGUGGUGCUGGCUGGUGUCGAAGACGCCGCUGUGGCUCGCGCCGAAUCUCAUUACGAUUCUAGGAUUAAUUAUAAACAUAGUCACCACCCUGAUACUAGUAUGGUAUAGUCCAGAUGCUAAAUCAGACCCACCGCGAUGGGCGUGCUUCCUCUGUGCGCUGGGCGUGUUCAUCUACCAGAGCCUGGACGCGAUAGACGGCAAGCAGGCGCGCCGGACCGGCAGCCAGAGCCCACUUGGGGAGCUGUUCGACCACGGCUGCGACUCAAUAUCAACAGUAUUCAUAGCAGUGGGAGCGUGCACAGCCGUACGCCUUGGGGAAUACCCCACUUGGAUGUUUUUCCAGUGUUUCUGCGCCAUGACGCUGUUCUACUGCGCGCACUGGCAGGCCUACGUGACGGGCACGCUGAAGAUGGGCCGCAUCGACGUGACGGAGGCGCAGUACUCCAUCAUCCUCAUCCACCUCGUGUCCGCCAUCUUGGGGCCGCAGAUCUGGUCCGUUCAGGUGUGGUCUGGGCUGGAGAUGCGGUACUCGGUAGGGGCGGCCGCGGUGCUGGCGGCGACCUUGACCCUGGGAGCCCUGGCCGCCGCCAUCUUGGCUGGGGGCGUCGGCAAGAACGGCUCCACUGUCGCAAUGCCGUGGCUGGGCCGGCCGUGGGCGCUGGCCGUGUCGACGUCAUGUUUCGCGGCGCAGGGACAUUUCGUGUACGAUUUCGCUCACACGUUCCAAGUUAGGGGCUGCGGGAAGAACGGAUCCACCGUGGCCGGCACGAGCAUCCUGUCGCCGGUGAUCCCGUUCUCGCUGGUGGUGGUGCCCGCCUUCAUCAUCUUCCAGAAGAGCGAGAGCCUCGUGUACGAGACGCAUCCAAUUCUGUACAUCCUCACCUUUGGCAUGGUGGCCGCUAAGGUCACAAAUCGGCUUGUGGUGGCGCACAUGACGAAGAGCGAGAUGCAGUACUACGACUGGUCGCUGCUCGGGCCGGCCAUGCUGUUCCUCAACCAGUACUUCAACAACGCCAUACCCGAGUACUACGUGCUGUGGUUAGCCAACAUAUGGGUGUGCGUGGACCUGGUCCGCUACUGCGGGCAGAUCUGCACGGAGAUCUGCGAGCACCUCAAGAUCCACCUGUUCAAGAUCCCGUUCCCGCCGCCCGCGUCGCCGCCGCACGACCGCAACGUGACGAGUGACAGCUCGGACAAGUCGGAGGACAGUGAAGUGGACAGCGACGCGGCGCCGCUCCUGAACAAUAACACUGUUAGUGCAUAAGUUACUUGUAGUGCAUGGACUAUCUAUACAG